AUGUCCUCCUCCUCCCCCAUCGACUGGCACCUCCUCAAAGACCGCUCCGUCAUCAUCACCGGCGGCGCCAGCGGCCUAGGCGAAGCGACCGCGCGCAAGUUCUACCAGUAUGGCGCCUACAUCACCCUCGCCGACCUGCAAGAAGACGCAGGGCAACGUAUCGCCCAGGACCUCGGCGAGCGCGCAACGUUCGUCAAAUGCAACACCACCGACUGGGAGUCGUCGGCAGCGGCAUUCAAGCACGCCGCGGAAUUCGCCCCGUCCAAAACGAUCGAUGUAGCUGUCCUAUUCGCCGGCGUGGAUGGCGAGCGGAGAGGCCUCGUGGAUCUCGUGCUCGAUCAGCCGGCUCCGUCUUCCGCUGCUGAGGCUACGCCUGCGAAGCCUGCGUACAAGGCGCUCGAGGUGAAUCUUAUUGGCGAGUACAUGUCUACCUACCUGGCGCUGCACUACUUCCGGCUGCCGUCUGCGUCAUCAUCUUCCGGCGGCUCGUCAGCCUCGUUGAGGAAAUCGCUCGUGCUCAUCUCUAGCAUGACGGGCUACAUGGACCUCCCCUACAACACUGGGUAUGCGACGUCCAAAUACGGCGUCCGAGGCUUGUUCCGCAGCAUUCGCGGCGAGGGGAAGAAGGUCAAUGCGAGGAUCAACAAUGUCGCGCCCGGGUAUGUGUUGACGCCGUUGACGAAGAAGGUGCAUCAGAUUGAGAAUGUGGAGGAGCCGAGUAAGGCGACGGGGUUUGUGUUGCCAUGGACGCCCAUUGAGACGGUGGUGGAGGCUGUGGGGAGGUGUGCAGUCGAUGAGGGGACGGAUGGUCGUACACUCCUUUGCAUGAAAUCGGGGAACUUGGAUGCGCAGGAGGAUUUUGCGCAUGGGUAUGGAGGGCAGAGGGUUUGUGAUGUUCUCGAGCAGGAAGGCAUCACGGCGCUCUUUCCUGCCCUGUUUCCUAAGUAG